CGUCACCCUGUCAGCUUGUGUUGAAAAGAAUAUAAGUCUUGAGCUGUUUCUGUCACGGGAGAAUCGUGACCCUUUGGCUCAAAGAAUCAGUCCCCGUCGGUCGUAGGCCUCUGGAGACCGUCGCUAUCGAGCUCGAUCGAUCCAGGGAUUGGGCCCAGACCCCCAACUUGCCAAGAACGCGAAAGGGGGGUUGCAAAAGCGAUUUUCGGCAGAUUACAGUGGAUCAAACUACAUGUCAGUUUGGAGAACCUGACUUCUGCGCGGAGUUGCAACUCCGCGCUUGCUCACGUUGAAACUCAGCUGAAUUGCAGGCGUUUGCAGCCAUGGCACCAAGAAGAUCAGCAAUCGGCCGCAGGGGCACGGGCGCAGUGCUUGCAGCGGCACUACUCAUGCUGGCGCCUUGCUUUGCGCUCAGCAGAGGCUCCCGCACAGCACUCCGCGCUGAAUCGGCGGCGGCCACGCCUGCAAAAGCUGAUGGGCCGUCGGAGGAAGCCAUCAAGACCCGCAGCAUUUUCAUGUCGUUGGACUCAGAUGAGUUCGGAAUCGACAUGGAUCAGGUGAAGAAGAGUGGCAUUCCCACUGAAGAGACGGAGCCUGGAGCUUUCAGGCAAGUUGGCGACUUCAUUUCUGGGCCCUUCAUCUUGCCCUUCGUCACCAUCCUGGUGGCGUACCUCGGGUACUACUGCUUCUUCACCAAGGAGGCAGAGAAUGCCUUCUAUUACUCGGCCGUGAAUGAGAAGGCGAUGCUGAGUAGCGGCGAGGAGGAUUCCGGCUUUGACUUCCGAGCUCUCAAUCCAGAUAUGGUUAGUGAGAUCCGGCAGGCCAUCGAAGCCCAACAGAAGGAGGAGGCCCUAGGGCAGUCGCCUGAAGCGCCUGCGCCGUAAGUGGCAGAGUCAGGGCCAAAGAAUGGAGCAAGCAGGUGGUGUUGGC